UCCAUCUGACACUGUUACAGCCACACACUCUGGGAGAGGUACUUACACAUGAUGAGUUUUCAAUUUCACACAAAAUGUGUUAUUGACUGGCGAGGAGAGGAUUGCAGGCUCCUCUGGGAAGCGAGGAUGAUGAGUGUUGUUUGAAUAGGAUAAUAGAAGAUGAUGGUUCAGUCAGUCUGCACGGUGAAGCUCUUUCAUCUGCUGUGUGCAUUCUUCUGUCCCGGUGAUAGAGCAGAAAUUGUUGCCGAUAUUUACAAUAAUUGUGAAGAAGAAUUACAAAAUGUGAAGUGGAAGUGGUUUUCCAUCUGUGUAUGUGCCGCAUCUCAGGUUCCAGCCCUGCCUCUCAGGUUCCAGCUCUGCAUCUCAGGUUCCAGCUCUGCAUCUCAGGUUCCAGCUCUGCAUCUCAGGUUCCAGCCCUGCAUCUCAGGUUCCAGCCCUGCAUCUCAGGUUCCAGCACGGCAUCUCAGGUUCCAGCCCUGCAUCUCAGGUUCCAGCACGGUAUCUCAGGUUCCAGCACGGCAUCUCAGGUUCCAGCCCUGCAUCUCAGGUUCCAGCUCUGCAUCUCAGGUUCCAGCACGGCAUCUCAGGUUCCAGCACGGCAUCUCAGGUUCCAGUUCUGCAUCUCAGGUUCCAGUACGGCAUCUCAGGUUCCAGCACGGCAUCUCAGGUUCCAGCACGGCAUCUCAGGUUCCAGUAGGCAUCUCAGGUUCCAGCUCUGCAUCUCAGGUUCCAGCUCUGUAUCUCAGGUUCCAGCUCUGUAUCUCAGGUUCCAGCUCUGUAUCUCAGGUUCCAGCUCUGCAUCUCAGGUUCCAGCACGGCAUCUCAGGUUCCAGCACGGCAUCUCAGGUUCCAGCCCUGUAUCUGACAGACAGACAGACAGACAGACAGACAGAGAGCCUCUCAAAAGAGAAGUAUGACAAAGUAUCUUGA